AACGGUUCCACACGUCGUGAGUGUAAAACUCCACCGUGUGAGCAUUGGCGAUGCUCAGAGUUAUAUUCAGAAACCGCUUGACUUCAUCCAUCCGUCGUUGAAUUUCUGUGAGGCUGUAUGAGGAGGGUAUCAUUUUAAAAAGCUCCCUUAAGAGGACCUGAGUGAAGCACAUAAGCUUAAGCUGAAAUGGCACCGACAGCUGUAAAAAUUAAGAAUAAGAAGUUUACAGCAAAAGAUGGCAACUGGAAGAAGUCCAACAAUAACGCACAGGGGGUCAAGAAGAAGAGGAAAUGGGUCCCCGAGCACAAAGUAUUCGAAGGCAGUGUGAAGGAAGGCCAGGGGUUUGCUUUAAAGAGGAAGCAAAAAGUCAAACAUGAGUACAACAAGCUGCUGCGGAAGGAGAGGAAAAAAAAACCUGAGUCCAAACCGCUUUACAAGGAUGAGUACCCAGAACACCUCAGGCAUCUGUACCUGGCCGAGGCAGAGAAGCUGAAGAACGAGGCCUGGACCAAUAGAAUGAACAGGAGUAAGCUGAGGAUGAAAGGGCAGGAGAAGGGAGAAGAGACAGGUGUAAAUGAUGGCGCUGCAUGCCAGAGUGAUGCUGCUGAUCCAGGUGCAGAAGUUACUGGUGGAUCUGAGUUGACAGAUUCUGUCACUGGGAACCCUGAACCAACUGCAGCCUCAGAGAAAGAAAGUCUUCCGAUGAGCAACCGUAUGAGGAAGAAAAUGCAGAAGAAGACGUCUUACCAGAAGACAAAAGAGGAAUUUGAGACAGUCAGAGAACAACGGAAAAAGAAGAAAGAGGAGUACCUGAAGAACAAGCAGCAGAGAGAAGCAGCCAUUCAGAAGUACAAAGAGAAAAAGAUGGAGACGUUUCAGAUGCUGAGCAAAAAAACCAAGAAAGGGCAGCCCAAUCUGAACCUCCAAAUGGAGUAUUUGCUUCAAAAGAUCCAAGGACCUACGAAAUGACUCCCAAGUCAGAACUGAUGGUGGAGAAUUAAUAGGAAAAUGGACCUUGCCUGUAUUUGACUAUGGACUUAAAGCUAUAACGACUACCUGCUUUUCACAAAAAACCCUCUUUUCAGUGGUGCUUUAUAGAUAGAGUUGUAAUCUAACACCAGAUUGCCUCCUUACUUCUGUUGUGUGUGUGUGUGUGUGUGUGUUUUUUUUUCAGUAUUUUGUCCCUGAUAACAUAAUGCUGUGGCCCACUUUAACCUCAGACCACAAGAGGGCGUUGUAAGAUUUGAAGAGAUGGAAAAACAUGCUCAUGUUAGACAUUUUUUUUAAUUCAAUAAAUGUUAGAGGUUCUUAUAGCCAACAAA